AUGGAGCAUUUGAAUCUUCCCCACGAGGGCCAUAGAAAAUCUGACAUCCUUCACAUUUACGAAAUUGGCGGCGGACUAGCUUCUGGCAAGACUUCCCAAAGACUCAAUCAAAUCGAUGAUGUUCGAGCUCUCGGAGUUGGCGACCACAUUGCAUUGCCACAGCUCGCGGUAUGUGGUGAUCAGUCUGCAGGGAAGAGCUCCAUUCUUGAAGGUAUCAGCGGAUGUCCAUUCCCCCGACAAGAUGGCCUUUGCACACGUUUCCCUACAGAGAUUAUACUUCGUCACAACACCUCCACUAGCAGAAAAGCAGUCAGUCUCAUACCAUCUCCCUCUCGUACCCCUCAAGAAAGAGAGCAGUUCGCGGCCUUUAGCCGCGAGUUUGAGAGCUUUGACGAGCUGCCUGAUAUCAUUCAAGAAGCCUCUCGUUUGAUGGGGGUGCGAUCUAGUGAAUUACCCGAUGCCCCUUCCUUCGCCACGGAUGUCCUUCGACUGGAAGUGAUCGGUGAUACUGGGCUACACCUGACAUUUGUGGAUCUCCCUGGCCUGAUAUCUGUCUCGGAAAAUCCACAAGACAUUGACAUGGUGCGGAGCCUGGCUGACUCCUAUCUUGAGAGCUCGCGCACCAUUAUCCUCGCCGUCAUACCAGCUACCAGCGAUGCCGAGACGCAGACCAUCAUACAACGAGCGCGUCAUUUUGACAAGGAGGGAAUUAGAACAAUUGGAAUUAUUACGAAGCCCGAUCUCAUCAACAAGGGAACAGAGGAACGCGUUGCACGCCUGGCGAAGAACCUGGAUCGGACUAGGCUACACCACGGCUUCUUUCUCAUGAAGAAUCCGUCACCAACAGAAUUGGAGGGGGGUCUCACUUUCCGGCAGCGUGUUCAAGCCGAAUUGGAUUUCUUCUCGAGCGCACCUUGGAAGGCUCAAGCUCCUGAUAAAUCAAGAGUUGGCAUCGAGAACCUUCGUCUUUUUUUGCAAGAACUCCUUGACACUCACAUCGAGCGAGAGCUCCCGAAGGUGCGAGAAGAGAUGUAUCGUCUUAUUGAAGAGGUUUGCAGGGAGAUCGCCCUUUUGGGACCCGAGAGAUCGCGGCCAACCCAGAUCCGUAUGUUCCUCACUCGUGUCAGUACUGAGUUUCAGUCAGUUGUCAAAAAUGGACUCGAGGGAAAUCACGAUGUCCGUGAUGGAACACAUUCUCCAAAGAGAGAUGUGAACACACAUGUUCGUCUUCGUGCAGCAGUUCAUAUCGAAAACGAAAAGUUCGCCGACUUCAUGAGGCUGCACGGUCAGAAGCGUAAGGUUGUCAAUAAAACAGACGAAGGGGACUCCCCUACUGGCUCGACAAAUGACCCUACAAAUGAUUCCACUGGUGAUGCUGCAGGAGACGCUGGCGAUUCCGCUGGCAAAUCGGCUGAAGCAACCGAAGGUGAAGAGCUCUUGGUCACAGAAGCGGAGAUGUUAGCUUGGGUCAAGCAGAUGUACCUUGAAACGAGAGGUCGAGAAUUGCCAGGAAACUACAAUCAUUCCCUGUUGCAGAGACUGUUUCACGCUCAGUCUGCUUCAUGGAGUAAAAUUUCUCGAUCCCACGUUGACAGCAUCGUGGUCCUGGUACCUGAAUAUCUGAGUUCGGUUUUGAAAUCGAUCCUGAAGGACGUCACGGUUCGUAACAAGCUGUGGAAGAACGUGAAGACUGCUCUCGACAAAAACGUUAAAGAGUCUCAAAAAGAACUUGUUAAACUACUGCAGGAUGAGAAAGGUCAUCCAAUCACGUACAACCACUACUACACCGACAACAUCCAGAAGGCGCGACAUGAGAAUGCGAAAUUCACGUGGCGUGUCGAAUCUCAGUGUGUACGACGUCAGCAGACUGAUUGGUUCGCUACAAAUCGUGUCGAGGUCAACAUGGUAGACCGUUCUUGCUCCGAGGCGUUGAUAGAUCUCAAUGCCUACUACAAGGUCGCCAUGAAAACCUUUGUGGACAAUGUAUGCCGCCAAGUUAUUGAAAGACAUGUUCUCGCCCCUUUGCCGGGUGUGUUUGACCCAAAUGUUGUCAGCGGUUACUCAGAUGAGGACUUGUUGCGCUUGGCCGCGGAGUCCUCGCAGACUAGCCGUCGUCGUGUGGAGGCUCUGAAGCUGCAAAAGACAUUGAAGCAGUGUCUCCAGGAGCUUUCACUGUGA